AUGAGAACUGGUUGUAGCAAACCUGAAGAAGAGAGACGUACAUUUUCAUCACCUCUGAAGUUGGAGCUGGUCAUUGGAAAUGGUGAGAGAGGUGCAGAGUUGUCAUUGUGGAAGGUUGAUCUGACCUCCGAAGGUGCAGAUAUUCAGCCACAACAGCAGGAACAACAGAUGGGGGGCGAACAGCAGAGUGUAGAGGACCUUCUGAUGGAGCCGGGUGCACAUGAGAAACGCCAACUGAGAGCAGAUAUAAGCUGUGCAAAUGGUGCCUGUGAUCAUCGUGGAGGGGGUGGAGGCUCAGGAGACGCGAACAAAGCCAAGGCAUCAAGCAUAGCUCAGAAAGCUGCACAGGAGGCGAAGGCUGCCUCAGAGGCACAGCAGGUUGCAGCACAGCAGGCUUCACAUCAGGUGAAAGUUCAAUUAGCUGAGAAAGCACAGGAGGCAGCUGAGGCGGCAAUGGCAGCUUUGGCAGGAAAACAGCAACUUGUUGAUGAACUUGAAAGUGAAGUGCGUGAAGCACAAGAAAUUCUUCAAGAGGAAAAUGCAGCUUUGCAAGCCGCUCAGCAAGAAGCACAGUCAGCUAUGACUUCUGCUCAACAAGCUGAACAGGAACUCAAAGUGCUGAACUCCGCUAUCCAGCUGGAAAGGAGUGCUGUGUCAAAUGCUGAUACAACUGCCCAAGGAGCACAGCAGGAAGUGGUCGAGAAGACUCAGGUCCUGGAUGCAGCUAAACGCCGAGUUGAAGCACUCACAAACGACUUGAAUAGUGCCCGUGCAGACCUGGCUAAUACCAAGCAAGCAGCAAAUAAAGCAGCGCAGGCUGCCCAAGCUGCCCGUACCAAUGCUGCCAGAAACCGACGUAGAUUGAGAGGAAGCCAAACAGCUGACUCUAUUAACGGCCCAGCAGUUUUACAGGUUCAAGGCACUCCACAACAAAUAAGAAGACAUCGAAGGCACUUUUAUCCAGCAAGAGCCUCAUCUGCAGCUUAAGUCAUACUGUACACUAUUUCUUUGUUACAUUAUGGAACUUCAUGCAAGGAGAUUGUCUUUUCUCUGGAAAGUUGAAAACGAUCAGAGAUCUUUACCUUAAUUUUAUACUGUAUAUAUUUGCUACACUUUUAAUGGUACAGGAAUGGUUCUCUUAUCAAGAGGACAUAUCAUAUUUAUCCUGUCUGGUACUUGGAAAUACAUAAAGAACAACUGAUAUGACUCCAAACUGAGACAGCCAAGCAGUGAACUGGUAGUCUUGGUUUCAGUUGCAUACCAAAGGUGGUGUGUAUAUAAUGAUUAGAUAGAGAUAAAAAAAGACAUGUUGUACAUAAGAGAUUAAUGCAACAGCCAGGUCAGUGGCACUGCACUAUCCUGUUCACCUCCUAUUCCUGCCUUCGGUAACAAUUGCUUAUUUACAUAUAUUUACUGAUUUAAUUUCAUAUAUAUAUGAUAUGCAGUCCUUGUAAAGAAUUUCUUAAGUUAUAUUUUAUAGUUACCAAUGAAAGCUGUAAAUAAAUUGUAUUUAUACAUUUGUCCUCAGUGCAAAGGAAUAUACUCGAAGGCUAAACAAUAGCAAAUACUCUGCCAUGUAGCAUGCAGCACAACAAUAAAAUUGGAAGUAAAUUUUGUCAAUACACA